CUGCAUGCCGGGAGUCGUAGUCCUUCCCUCAGGAAGGCGACAAGGCGGAGGCAGGGCUGCUUUCUUCUCUCGGAGCUCUUCUUCCCGGCCGGGCAAGAGGCUCGGAGGCGGCAGCGGCAAAAUGGCACGUCAGGGCAGCCGAGGAGGCGGCGAGAGCAAGAAAAUGAGCUCGGAGCUCUUCACUUUGACGUAUGGGGCUUUGGUCACUCAGCUGUGUAAGGACUACGAGAAUGAUGAAGAUGUCAACAAGCAGCUUGACAAAAUGGGCUACAACAUAGGUGUUCGGCUUGUGGAAGACUUUCUAGCACGAUCCAAUGUUGGGAGGUGCCAUGACUUUCGAGAAACGGCAGAUGUAAUUGCAAAGGUAGCAUUUAAAAUGUACUUGGGUAUCACACCAAGCAUCACAAACUGGAGUCCGGCAGGUGACGAAUUCUCCCUUAUCUUGGAAAACAAUCCACUGGUGGAUUUUGUGGAAUUGCCAGACAACCAUUCCUCUCUUAUUUACUCUAACCUCUUAUGUGGGGUGCUACGGGGAGCCCUGGAAAUGGUACAGAUGGCUGUGGAUGUCAGAUUUCUCCUGGACACCUUGAAAGGGGAUGGAGUCACAGAAAUAAGGAUGAAAUUUAUCAGGCGGAUCGAAGACAACCUCCCGGUUGGAGAGGAGUGAGUCUUGAGCAGCCUCCAUAUGGACUGGAAGGGAUGAAGUAUCUGAACCUGAGCUUUAUUAGCAUAUAGUACCCUUGUGUACUUUGAGACACUGACUGGUUAAGACGUCAAUUCGUUUGAAUUUUUCUGUUUUAUUUCCACAGAUUUCUAUUAAAAGCUUUUGUAGGAUGUAGAACACUUUUCAUAUUCAUCAGAAACACCAGGCACCCUUUCCUUGUGACCAGGCUUAGCUCCAUGCAGAAAUACAGGAUAUUAAAAACUCUGUUAAUUUUGAACAUUGGAAUAAUUCUAGAUGCCGCUUUUGUUCUGCAGCAGGUGAAGAAUUCCAGCAUUAUGACCUCUGCUUUUCCUGUUCAGUUCAGUUCAGGAAGCCAUUCCUGAUAGCAAAGAAUUCAUUUUAGGAUUUGGAAGAAUUGAGAGCUCCUAACGGAUCUGGACUUGUUCUUUUAGUUCUGCCAUUCAGCCAAACACCUAAAUUCAUGUUGAAACAAGAGUCGGAUCCAUUUUGACAGUCCUGAGGGAAGUAUAUGUCAUUAAAACUCCACAGAAUCCCAGUUGGGUUGGGCAUUCCCAGUUUCGUCUUUUGUCUUCCUAGUUGGUUGGCCGAAAUAGUUUUAAUGAACCGAUGAUGUCGGGCUCAAGUUUCAAAUGUUUAUAUAAUGUCAGAAAAAUGAUACUCACUCUGAGGGCCUCUUCUUUACCACAUGUUCGGUUCCAGUAACUAAUUGAAGAGAUGUUCAAACCAGCUUGUUUUCUAAAAGUUUUAGGCAAAGCGCGUUUCGAAAAUGUUGGCCGUUCGGCAUCCAUACUGAAAGGAUAGAGGUGGUAAUAGCCUGUUUCACGUGCAUUCAAGUUUUUCUUAAGAAACAAGGGCUCUCAAGAUUGCAGAAAGAAGGGUAUAAACAGCCUUGUGCGGUAGAUGGAAUCAGCGUACCAGAUGCUGAAUGAUUGAAAGGAAUUUGAAGUGAAUGUUCACUGAGUUUGUCAUCAUGUGUAUUUUAUGAGGGUCUAAGCUUCCUAUUGGGUAGAACAGCCAUUGUUGCAUUUCGCACUAAAUGGCAGAAAACCUCUGAAUUGAAGACCCCGUGGAGAAUGUAAGCAUUAAACAUAGAAAAUACCUGCCACACUUGAAAAGGCACAAGAGGCUUUUAGUGAUCUCUUAAAAAAAAUAAUGGAAUCCAUUAUCCCAGGCAGAGGUUGGUGAAAAGAGUGCAGUACUUCAUUCGUUAGAGAAAUUAAUUGGUGGUUGGGAGACUUUAUGAUUUAUUUGUGUGGGCAUCAACUGAAUGGUAUUUAUAAAAGCUGGCAAGGGGAGCUGUAAUUAUUCAAUGACUUGGUCUUGUAAAUAAUGCUCUGGGUAAUAGACCCAGCGGGAGAAUGAAAUGACUUGCCGCAUUGCCAGAAAAUGAAAAACCAAAGUUGCUUUCUCAAGACAGGGGGGACAUUUUUUAAGGAUAUCUUGAUCACAAUUUCCCAACGCUUUUCUGUAAUUUUUCUCAGUUGCAAAGAAAGUCCUAUGAUGUCGAGGCCUGAGUUUUAUCAGCUUUGUAGAAGUGUAGAGGCAAUAGAGAAGCAUGAUGUUAUUUUUUUUUUUUAAAUAUGUCGUGAAGGACGAAAAAUUGAGCGUUCCUGUUUCAGAGUCAUUCAUUCUGAUCGUCGGAGGAGUCUGGCACUGAGAAAAGCAUUUUUGUCCCUUUUGUGAUAGUUUCGACAGUUUUAAGAAAUUACAUUGCUCUACUGCUGAUUGGUAAAUAUUGAUUAGUUACCAUGCAAUUUACACCUUUUUAUUUGUGUAUGGGGUAUAUCUUAUGUGUUCCAUUUCUGAAGGUAUUGUUUUGAAGCUCUUAUAUUAAAGAAACUCUUAACAACU